AGCGUUUUUCCUCCUUGCUCUAAAUAUACUUAUUUCAAGCUCAGAAGAACUUCGGGUUUCCUCCAUGUUUUCCAUUCGUGAUGAAUUGAAUGACAUUAUGUUCCAACACGCCUUACUAUUUCAAACGUCAGCAAACACGUUGUCGGAAUGUUCGUUAUUAUGUGUAAAUUUGGUCAGUUGUACAUCAUUCCAGAUUCACCCCCAGCAUAUGCUCUGUCGACUGUACUGGACGCACUUUGUACUGGAUCUUGUCGGUAUUUCUUCGACUGGCUGGAGGACUUACUCCGACAUUGGUCCUUGUCACACAGGAUAUUACUACACAAGACAAUUCCAGUACUGUAUGCGAUAUGCUGGACACACUUUCGACAAAACUACUUCGUUUCAAACUUGCAACGAUAGAAACGAAACGCUCCUAAAAAUUGAUUCGGCGGAAGAAAAUCUUUUUGUGAGCGGCCUAGCUUAUUCAUUCAUCAAUAAUACCUUGGGAAGAAAAACUCACGAGUUGAUUAUAGACGGAGAGAUGUCAUCUAACGGACAAUGGCUAUCUUUAUUUGGAGAUCGUUCGGAGUUGAAAUUCACACACUUCCAAUCUGGAUACAGUGCAACUGUCGGUGAAAGAGCAGUCAUGAGACCUUUCGAUAACGGCGAGCUAAAAUCGUAUGAAUGGAAAUCCAUUCCUCUACGUGAUAGCGGACGGAUAGUGUUUUGUCAGUAUCAUGCAUAACAAGAUUACAGAUUACUGUACGACACUCUGCUGAUGAAGAAUGAAUUCUUUGUUUAUCAUUUUUAUUAGAGAACAUCCAGCAAAAAGCAAUAACACGGUUUCAAAUAUUUAACAAUAAAUGACUGUGAUAUGUUUUACAUCCAAAUGAAAUACUUUAUACGAUCUGAAAUUUAAAAAACCGCACAUCUGAAACUUAUACAAUGGAUGAUACAACAGUGAAUAAAGCCAUAUCUAAGUAUUUUCCUUACUGGAUAUUACAAUGACACAAAUGUAAAAAUAGCAUACCAUCCCAUGGUAGUACAUACUGUUCUAGACAAUAUUUUCAUGUAAUAUGUGUUUGUAAAUAGAGUUUGAUAUUAAUCAUGUUUAUUAUGAGGUUGAACACAUUGAUUAUACAAGUAAAAGUUAUUGUGAUAAA